AAAUUCUAAAAAAAGACCAUCAAAUACAUCGUUUUUAUAAACAAAAGAAAAUGUUCUAAAACAGUUUUUUGAAGGUCCUCAGUUUGUUGUGAUAUUCGAAGGUGAAAAAAUGCCGAUCAAGCUAGAAGUUUCUUCAACGGAAAAACACGAAGGUGAUGCUGUUUGCAUUGCAUAUUCUAAUAAUCACAUUUUUAGUGGAGGUGCUGAUGGAAAAAUAAAAAUAUGGGAUAGCAACCUCAAUUUGAAAAAAACUCUUGAUAUGCAUGAGUCAUACAUUUAUUCGAUAGCGUUCGAUAAAAAGGGAAAGCUAUAUUCAAGCAGCUGUGACGGAUGUGUUAAGUUUAUUAAUGAUCCUGUCAAUACUGAACAAAUUGAAGAAUUAGUUCGAUGUGAUGAUUCCAUUAAUUCUAUGUACUGUGAUGGGGAUAUACUGUAUACUGGAGAUGACAAAGGGGUCGUAACCAAGUGGCAGGAUAAUAAGAUGUUAUUUAAAUACAACAUUGUUGAAGAAGUCAAAUCACUCGCCGCUGAAGGUACUUUAAUAUUUACAGCAAGAGAUCUAGAUGUUGUUGUUUCGGAUGCAAUGCCGGGAAAAUCUGGAAAAUACUCAACGAAAGCUGUGUUUCCUGGUCGGGCGCCAUUGACACUUUUGGGAACAAUGGUUGAUAAUAAAAGGUCUUUUAUAGCUUUUACUGAUCGGACAGGGAAAGGAUUGGUUCUGGCAAAAAAUUUGCCAGGUGAAAAGUUUUUGCAAAUUUGGGAAUUAAAUGACUGCCAUGAAAUGAUUAUUAACUCUAUUUGCGGAAACGAUAAGUUUUUGCUUUCUGGUGGAUAUGAUGGUAAAAUCAAGUGUUGGAGUGACAUUGACAAGCCAAAACCAACUGCAGUUGGUGAAGCUGAUGCUGGUAAUUGUAUUAAUUCAAUAUGUCUUGGUGGACCGGGUACGGUUUAUGCUGCUUGUUCCAAUGGAAUUAUUCAUAAAGCAGUUUUUUCGUAAUGUUUAAUGCCUAAUUUAAUAACUGACAUAUGCCAUCGUUUUUAUUUUUUU